AUGAUUGAGAAAAUGAUCAGGGCUGAAAUUAAACUAAAAGAGUUUGCUAAAAGAAUGGACUUGAAUGAUGCUACAGUAGGCGAUAUAAAAACUGAUGUUCGUAAUAAUAUCCAAACGACGAAAGAAGAUGUAUCGAUGGAUUUGAAUGAUUUCAUUCAGAAAUAUGUUGCAAACUCAACAGACGGCACGUGGUCGGAUUGGUCGUCGUGGAAUACGUGUCCUGUUACGUGUGGCGUUUCCAUGGUAGCGAGAUCACGGUCAUGUGACAAUCCAGCCGCUAGGAAGUUCGGUCGACAGUGCGUUGGAAACGACCGGGAAUGGAAAACUUGUAAAUUUAGGGAAUGUUAUGGUCAGCCUGAAAAGAUCGCUUUUUAUGCUAGCCUUAGUGACGAUAUCAGUAAAACGACAGCUAGCGCGCCUUUAGUGUUUAAUAACGUGAUAACCAACAUCGGCGGUGGGUAUGAACCAUCAACAGGAGUGUUUACCGCCCCAACCAACGGCUUGUUUGUGUUUUCUCUGACUGUAAGACAAUACGGAUAUCCAAGUUAUGGUUUCGAAGGACAUUUUAGCAUCAAGAAAGGAGAUGUCGUUGUAAUGAAAGUGUAUCCCGAUAUGCAUGGAAAGGACAAUGAGUUUGACACUGCUUCCGGUACAACCGUGCUGGAAUUAAGUAAGGAGGACACCGUGUAUGUAGUUGCAGAUGAAAGUGGCAAAUUUAUUGAGGGAAAUCAAGACUUUAGCACCUAUUUCUCUGGAUACCAAUUUGGUUAAAAACAUAAUUAUACUUGCAGAUUGUAACCUAUUUCUCCUGAAGUGAUAUGUGGUUCAAUGCGAAUGUACUGAUUUUUACUAGUUAAUUUAUGUCCUUAAAUGCG